UUAAAUCGCCGCUUUCAAUAGUGCUUUUAAUAGAGUGCAGUGCGACAAUUGUUGCUAUAUCCAUUGAAAAUACAACUGCGGUGGGGCACAGAAGUUGUGCAGUGAAGAGUGAAAGAAUGUUCUAAAUCUAGAAACAACUCAUACCGGUAUGUUACUACAGAGAGUGGAUCCUUACGUAAUCUUUAUGUUUGUGGUUUUUCAUCUGAUAAAGUAGCGCCAUACCGUUGCAUGGUUGGAACCACAACGUUAUCAGAUAUAGGUUAUAACUGGUUUAAGGGACAAUCGAAAGAAGAUGGACUCCAGUUGUUGUUGCUGUUCGAAAGUUUUGGACGAAAUCUUCAAAUUGAAAGAAGUAGUAGAAAAACUCUUAUUUGCAUUUAAUAACAGAGAGACAUUCCACGAUGAGGAACGGCCAAAGAAAAAACGCCGCCAUAAUUCAAAUCGUUGUCCGGAGAGUUCGUUCAAAGAGUAUGUUCACCAAGAAGUGUUACAGGAAAAUUAUCAGAAGAUUGUAAGUGGGCUUGACUUCUCAAAAGGACACGUAUUAGAUAGACUUCUUCAGAGCGAGGCCAUAUCGGAAUCAGACCACGAGAGUAUAUUGAAUCUUGGUCAGAAAAGAAAAGAUCAAAACAGAUACAUCAUUCAUCGUUUCCGCCACUAUGGUACAGACAAAUUUGAGACUUUUUUAGAAUCUCUCAAAGAAGAAUAUCCGGAAUUACUGAGUGAUCUUAAAUCAACAUAUCAAGAAAAACUGGAAACAUCUGGCAAAAGAAAAUGUCUUUUCUGUACCAUCCAAAAUAUGGUUGAUAUUUCUGAUGUUCUUGAUCCUCUUUUUGAAAACAAACUUAUCGAUGACACAAUCAUAGAGAGGAGACUUAACUGUACAUCUUUGGCACCAGCUAUUCUCUGGAAACAACUGUUCGACCAACUCAAGAAAGCAUCAUUGGAUGAUAGAUGUAAGGAGGUUUUCGUUAAAGCUCUUGCCACAAAGUACAAAGAAAUCGCAGUAUCUGUAGAAUCUGUUGAUUUUCAAACACUUUUCGGCUGCCUGUGUCGACAGCAAAAGAACGCACCUGCUUGUGGUUUUCAGACAGACGGAUCUGGAAGUUUGUCAGAUGUCAGCUCAAUGAGCACGAUGGAUGGAAGACCACUAAGCGAAAAUAAGGUUCGAGAUUUGCAGAGAGUAGGAUCAUUUAAAAUAUCUUCCGGGUUUUCUUUACGAAGGGAAGAAAACGAAAGUUUUUCGAGCAUAUCAAGCCAUGAAAAAGAAGAAAAUAAUGAAAAAGCAACUAGUCCUGAAAAAUAUGAAAAGAGCUUUUCAACCGUUGAAAAUCAACCAAUAACUUGUCCAAUGGACGAUGCUCAAAUUCCCUCCACUGAUGAUGUUGUUAAAUUUAAUGAAAAAGAUGAAAUACAGAUAAAUAAAGAAGUGAAAAAUACAGAAUUUCUGCAUUUAGUUAGAGAACCAGUUAAACCACGAUUCCACGGUGACAAUUCAAAAUCAACUAUUCCCGUCCCACGACCUAGAAACUUAAAAACCAACUUUCCAUUGGAUAUCAAUAACCAAUCGCAGCUCUCUGAUAAAGAAACAGUUUUUCCAGCCAUUAUAAAAACGGUACCGGAACUUUCGCCUGGAAGUUCGAAUCAAUCUCCGACCAGGAAGGUAAAUACUUCUCUCAGAUUGUCGAGUUCAUUCCGGCUUCCCUCCAGAACCGAUCGAAGACGUUAUGGAAUAACUGUUCAACAGGCAGAACAGUUCAUAUACUGGACCUCUCAAGACGAUGAGAACAAAUCUAGUGACAGAAGAUCUAAUAGAUAUAGGACGGCCUAACAUAUCAAAGAAGUGAAGCGUUUGGUGCGAGGUGCAGCAUACGUACAAUGGCAAUCCGAUUAUCGUUGGCUAAUUGUCGGUCCAAAGAUUGUGAAUGUAAUAAUAUUCAAAUGUAAAAGAAAAUAUUUAUUCAUUGCUCAUUAUUAUUAAGGAAAUACAACCAGUAACGACGUAAUUCUUCAGAUUCGCGGAGGUUCGGGUCACUUUCUGGGUUUAUGUAGACUGAUCGCUAUUUGAGUCAGUAUCACGAAAAUGAUUUCAUAAUAAAAUUGGAUAGCGAACAAUUUAGUGAAAACAAAUUAUCAAUCUCAGUUUUUUUGUCAAACUUAACGUUCUAGUGUUUGAUCUUAUCAUUGUUUUAAUUUCAUAUUAUUUGUUUAUUCUGGAUCUUGUUUAUUUUACCGGUAUAUUAUAUACAUGAUUUUCA